AUGCAGCUGCCUCCCUUCGACAUGUGGAAGGACUACUUCAACCUGAGCCAGGUGGUGUUGGCGCUGAUCCAGAGUGGGGGGCAGAGGCCAGAGGCCCCAGGGACCGGGGAGCCGAGACCUGGGCCCCCGCUGGAGCAGGCUCAGGGUCCGGGAGGGCCCGGGGCCAGCGGAGGCCUGGCCACCUUGUGCAAUUUCUGCAAGCACAAUGGGGAAUCGCGUCACGUCUACUCGUCACACCAGCUGAAGACCCCAGACGGCGUGGUGAUGUGCCCCAUCCUGCGGCAUUACGUGUGUCCCCUGUGCGGGGCCACCGGCGGCCAGGCACACACGCUCAAGUACUGCCCACUCAACGGUGGCCAGCAGUCUCUCUACCGCCGCAGCGGGCGCAACUCGGCCGGCCGCAAGGUCAAGCGCUGAGGACUGUGAGGUGCCCGCCCCCCACCCCCUCCUGGUUCAGUCCCUGCCAAGUCCCAGGGCCCUCCCCCUG